GUGCAACCCUUGCCGCAACGCGCGGAACCGCGAUCCAGCGAUCCGAUCCAACGACAUCGUGCCGCGACACAGUGCCGGUGAAUGAGGGCGCGAGGAACGCACACGGGGGGCGACGACGGCCUUGAGGCAGGCUCGAACGGGGAAAUAUGGUGCACGAGGGCACGGGUCUAUGGCACGCGGCGGGAUUCAACGCAUCCAAGUGGCUGAUGAUCAUAAUACAUGGAUACCGGGUCACCACCCUCGUCCUGUACAUCCUGGUCAACGUGCUGGUGCGCACCGAGUAUCCGGCAGCAGUGACGGCGGAAAUAGUCGAUGUUAACGUGAACUCCUUGGACGGCACGACGGGAAAGCCAUUAGAUGUCGAUCUGCCACCAACUCUGCCGAUGACCUUCGGCACGGAAAAUUCAACAUCAGUUUCGGCGCAAUCAGGAUCCACAGCCCUGAUGCCCUGUGUUGUCCACAAUCUAGGAGAGGGCACGGUGUCGUGGAUCAAGAGGAAGAACGUACAGUUACACGAGCUACUGACCGUAGGACUCACGACAUACGCCAACGACGAACGGUUUCAGGCAAAGCAUUUCCACCACAGCGAGGAUUGGACGCUUCAAAUAAAAUACGUCCAGCCGAGGGAUGCCGGUCUGUACGAGUGCCAAGUGUCCACUCAUCCGCCCACGAGUAUAUUUCUGCUCCUUGAGGUCGUCGAAGCCAGAGCGGAGAUAGCCGGCCCGGCGGAGAAAUUCGUGAGGCCUGGUAGCACGCUGCAGCUCCACUGCCUCGUAAAGAAGUCGACGGAAGUGCCGUCGUACCUCUUCUGGUAUCACAACUUCCGUAUGAUCAACUACGAUGUUGAUCAAGGCGUCAACGUUAGCACCGAUCUCGUCGGCCGGGAGAGCUGGCUGGAGGUGCCAAGGGCGUCGGACCGCCACUCGGGUAAUUACACCUGCGAGGCCAGCAACGCCCAGCCGGCGCGCGUCCUGGUGCACGUGUUCAAAGGCGACAAUCCGGCCGCUAUGCAGCACAGCAUGGCGUCGUCGCCGUCGGUGAUGGCCUGCACCGCACUGCUCACCAUGUUCGUCACGCUUAAGCUGGCCCUGCAGACGAACUGGACCUUGUGACGUGCGUAAGCGCCGAGACCUUGCGAAAACCCAGAGUGUGUUAGCGAAAUUGUGUAAUAUUUAUCGUGUCGCGUGAUCUAUGUUCGUGCGAGGAUGUGCCCUAGUUUCGAUCGCCAAAGUUAGUAGAACGGCGGGCACGGUUAUGGUGGUUGGCGGUUGGUGGUUCCAGUUAAAGAUCCAUCGCUGUUACCGGAACUCUUGGAGGGCUGCAAGAUUGGCUGUGAUUGAUUACUACCCCAUUCGAACGAUCGACCUUGUUCGCCGCCGCGCCGGACAAAGUAGCACCGGAAGACCAGCUGUGAUUAUUUUGUGUCAUCGGGAGGCAAAUCCAUUUAAUCCAUUAUAUGCACGUCUAAUCAUAGUUUCAGCGAGGAGUACGCAGCAACGUAAUAUGCUAAUGCAAAGCAGGAUAAUUGUCAUCAUCAUCGCGAGAUUAGUAGUGAUCGAUCAUCGUGUGCUCGGCGGCUUCGUGCACCGACGAAGAUUUCUGAUCGGAGAACAGUGUGUCUAACGGAAAUCAGUAUAAUAAAAGUAUAUAACGGUAGCUCAUCUCUUGUUCGCGCGUGUAUUUGAACGGUCGCCCGUCGGACGGGGGAGGAAAAGUUGAGUGCCAGUCUGGAAUAAAGUGCCACCAUAACUUCCAUACGAGUCACACUAUAUAACUCAUUCUUCUGUCGAUCGAUCGCUCACAUUCCGUGUCACAUGUUGGAACGGGAAAUAUUAGGUCGUAAUGCAGAGGCGGGCGAGGUAUCGAGAGUGCCGGAUUAAUUCCCGCUAAGAUCGCGUAUUCACGAUCGAUCGUCUACGACUCGCGUGUCCCGGCGCGUGACGGAAGUAGACCAAGACAGAUACUCGUCAGUCCGGCUAAUCCGACCAAGAGUUCGACGUAUCAUAUUGACAAAGUGGAACUUGUACGCGCGCGCGAGCGCGAGAGCGAGUGCGAUGCGUGUGUGAACGUCAGUUAGGGAAAAUCGCGAGAGAUUUAUUUACUCUUACGCUCGCACUUCACCGGGUGAUACAUAUGUAAUUAAGUUUAAAUCGACAGGAAAAUCAGAAGCGCCCGCUCUACUUGUGACGCGCGCGAAAGUAAGAUCGAUAGCGCGAAUCUCGAAGCUGUCCACGAUGUACGAGCAUCAGCGGCUGCCCCGACGGGGUGCAUUAGAGUGACGACGAUGAUGCAUUCGUCGCCACGACGGGAGCAUCGUUAAUCGCGCGGCACCGCCGAGCCGCUACCUCCUUCGUUUUACGUGGGGUGUCGUAAAUACGUUGCGGAGGAAAUAUGGCUCGGCGAAGUUACGGAAGUAACGUCUUUUCUCACGGGCGGCCUAAGAUACUUUAGUGGCGGGUUAACGAUGGUUAACGAAAGUCUGGGUGCAAUAUUAUCCUCCUUCGGAAGCUCCGAGCGGUGCUUUGAUAGGUGGUAAAUGGACACGAGUGAAAGUAACGUCGAGACUAAACAAGCUAAACUUGCUGCUGUGUGUUCCGUAGAAGGAUGCAACGUGCGCAAACACCUAUUACGUCCCAGGAUACGAAAUUAUCGUGCCAACAUUCUUUUAUAAUUGAAAGCUCACUGAAAACCGGUACCAAAGGAUAUUGAACCAUUCGCAUCAAUAGGCAAAAAACGUGUUUGCGUUUGUGUGUACAAGUUAAACUUACUGAAUACAAAAUAUCCCCAUAUUGUAUCGUGAUAUUUUUGGAAUGCAAUUUGCUCGUUAUCCGUAAAUUUAAAUAUUUCGUAAUUUAUCGUUAAAGAGAUUAUUAUUUUUAAAAGAACUGAAAGUACGCAUAGAUUAAAUGCAAGAGCAAUCGCAGAAUUCGAUGAAUUCGCGUCUAUCGGAAACGAUGCGAUCGGUUUAAGUAACAUUAUACGUAAUUAUCGAUAAUAAGCGCACCGCAACUGUGCAUGUUGCUUAUCUUUUAUCUCCGACUACCUAAUUAGAUGCGACAUGCGCCCAGUAUCAACACAUCUUGUUAUCUCGCUCGAUAUUCGCGAAAGAAUGACGAUGUUCCUUCCCUUAAAUAUGCAGGAAACUUGUCGAUUAAAUUAACAAAGCGGAAUUCAUGCAUACUACCGAGUGAUCUAUUUUAUUAGGGGUAUACAAAGGUUAUAGUCUUAUUUUUUAUCAUUUUCUUUUACUUACAUACAGAAUGUCCCACGGGAAGUUGCUGAAACUAAACGAUUGAUUCUCUUCUGUAUGGUUAUCUUCUCUACGUUUUCAGAAAGGAUUCCACGGUUAAUGGUUAUUAAGUUGAGAGUAUGCAAUUUUGUUCCAGCUGUGGUAGAAGCAUAGUAUGUUCACUCUGUGUCGGUCCUUUGAUCUUUUCGGUCCCGAUCACGUGGUAUUCCGCUAUGAUUUUGGUCAGGAUUCAGCGGCGUGUGCGUGUGCGUGUGUGUGUGCGUGUAUGUAUGCACAGUUGGAAAAUUU